AUGAAAGACUUAAAUGUUUGCAAGGAUUCUAGAUGGGGAAGAUCUUAUGAAAGCUAUAGUGAAGACCCUGAAGUUGUUAGAAAGAUGACUUCCCUGAUAACAGGCUUACAAGGGCAGCCACCCCAAGGACACCCAAAGGGCUAUCCUUUUGUAGGUGGAAGGAACAAUGUUAUUGCAUGUGCCAAGCAUUUUGUUGGCGAUGGUGGAACUGACAAAGGUAUAAAUGAGGGGAAUACCAUAUCAUCAUAUGAAGAUUUGGAGAGGAUCCAUUUGGCGCCAUAUUUGGACUGUAUUUCUCAGGGUGUUUGCACAGUUAUGGCAUCCUAUUCUAGCUUGAACGGAAGAAAAUUACACGCUGACUAUUUUCUUUUAACAGAAAUAUUAAAACAUAAGCUGGGAUUUAAGGGUUUUUUAAUUUCAGACUGGGAAGCACUUGACAGACUUGCUGAUCCAUAUGGGUCAAACUAUCGUAACUGCAUCUUGUCUACUGUCAAUGCAGGAAUAGAUAUGGUUAUGGUUCCUUUUAGAUACCAAUUUUUCUUGAAUGAGUUGAUGUACCUGGUAGAAUCGGGGGCGAUACCAAUGACCAGGGUAGAUGAUGCUGUUGAACGUAUCCUCAGAGUCAAAUUUGUUGCUGGACUUUUUGAGCAUCCCCUGAGUGAUAGAUCUUUGUUAGAUUUAGUUGGUUGCAAGGCGCAUAGGGAACUAGCACGUGAAGCGGUUCGCAAGUCCUUGGUUCUCUUAAAGAAUGGGAAGGAUCCAAAGAAACCAUUUCUUCCUCUGGAUCGAAAUGCUGAAAGAAUUCUUGUUACUGGAACACAUGCUGAUGAUCUUGGGUACCAAUGUGGAGGAUGGACAAUCACUUGGGCAGGAAGUAGUGGCAGAACUACGAUUGGCACAACCAUCUUGGAUGCUGUUAAAGAAGCUGUGGGAGACAAAACGGAAGUCAUAUAUGAACAAAAUCCAUCACCGGAAACCUUUACUGGUCAAGCUUUUUCAUAUGCCAUCGUGGUGGUGGGUGAAGAGCCAUACGCAGAAACGGGUGGCGACAAUCCAGUGCUGACAAUUCCCUUCAAUGGCCCUGAAUUGGUAAGCUUAGUUGCUGACAAAGUUCCCACGCUGAUGAUUCUGAUCUCCGGAAGGCCAUUGGUUCUGGAACCAUCACUAUUGGAAAAAAUAGAUGCUCUGAUUGCUGCUUGGUUGCCAGGCAGUGAAGGAGUUGGAAUUACAGAUGUGAUAUUUGGAGAUUAUGAGUUUCAGGGAAGACUCCCAAUCACUUGGUUUAAAACAGUUAAUCAGCUGCCAAUGCGGGCUGGGGAUAACUCAUUUGACCCUCUAUUUCCCUUUGGAUUUGGAUUAACAAGCAGUAAGAAAGUGUUUUAG